UGUCGCGCCGACAGUCAUCGACGAGCCGACCUCAGUCUGUUCAGUGAUGCCGCACGCCGUGAUCCGUAUGCCGGCGGGCGCUGUCGGUGCCGGUACCGGUGCCGGAGUGGGCCGCGGUGGCCAUCUGAACGAGCAGCAGAACCGUGGCAUUCGCAUCGGUUGCUGUCGCGUCUGCACGUGUGUUAAUCUGCACUUUCUGCUGUCGAAGAACGGUAUCCUGAAGUGUUUCGAGCUGAUCCUCGGGUGGUUCUGCCAGACCAUGUUGAUCCAGUUUGGGCUCGACACGGCCAAGGAGAUUGGUGAGGCGUUCCUCGGUUUUCUCACCUGCUGCUCGGCCUUCCUCAUAACCACCAGCACGCUCCUGUUAUGUUACACCAUCUCGGCUCGCACCUUCCACCUGGUGCGGCAGUCCAUCUUUGAGGUAGUGUAUAAUGGGCUUGCCUGCGCGAUGUACCUGAGUGCCGCUUCGUACCUUGGUUUCGCCGUAAAUGUGUUUCUGUAUCCGAAGUUUCUGAUCUUCAAAAACACCGGUGGCAUCCAUAGCGCUUACCCCGCCAUGACGGCCGUUUAUUACAUGGGCGGUAUUGUGGGGCUGGUGUACGGUGUGGACGCAUUCGUUGCCUUCCGGCAUCUGAAGGGAUACUCGUGAGACGCGGUGGUGACUGGAUAAUGUUGCUCCAGCAGUCAUGGCAGAAGCAGAAGCAGAAGCAGAAGGCUCCAGCAGUCAUGGCAGCCGUGCGUCGGCGCUUCCUGGUUCGAGUGUGUAUGGUACAUGUGUGCAUGUGUUGCUGCAGUUAGUGUAAGAUAAAUUGAAAAUGUAAAAAGUAUUG